AUGAGAGCUUCAGUCAUUACCGCCCUUUUACUUUCCAUUGCCACUACCAGUACCAUCGCUGCUCCUUCUCCUGUAGCCCUCAAGACCGAUUCGGUCGAUAAGAAAAUAGCUUCGUACGAUACGCCAAAGAACUUUCAUCAGGAUUGUGAUAAACAUAAUGUUCAAUGCAACGCGAUGAAUAAGGAUGUAUACGGUUCAGCCAACCAAGGUUCAGGUGCUGUAGGUAAACAAGUUGGACACGCUGCAAACACAGGAUCCCAAAUCGCAGCUAUCGAAGGUCAGAACGAUCUCUCUAAAACGCUAGCAAGCGAUGGUCCAGUAAUUCAACAUGACCUUCAAGGAAGAGAUCACGGUCAUUCAGAGAUGAACGAAGGGAUCAAAAAGACAAGCUCGGAAGUUUACCCAGAAGGUUUGUUAGUCGAAGGUGGGAAAUUCAUGGCUACCCAGGGUGAAGCUGCUGAAGUUGCUGGUAAAGGUUUAAACACUGUCGGCAAAGAAGCCAAUGGUGAAGCUAAGACUGCCUCAAAAGGUAGAAAAGAUCACGGUGAUUCGGUUGUUAAUGCUGUUGUCAGCUAG